CCUUCCUGACGCCAAGCGGAGGGAGCCGGUCAGAUGGAGGACGGGUGGCGGCCGGGACUCAGUGCCGUGUUGCUCGCGCUCAGUUUGGCGGUUGGUUAGUCGUUGGCGCCGCUCGAGAGCGAGAGAGAGAGAGUGAGUGAGUGAGAGAGAGAACCGCCGCCAGUCCCGGGUCGCAGAUCCAGAAGAGGAAACAUCUGUAAUGUGAAGUGCUGAAUAUCCUGACUUUCACAUGGAAUUGUUUACAGCUUUACUUUGGGACAUUUCUGUUAAGUGAAUAGCAGAAGAAUAUCUCAACACAAUAGGUUUGACCAUUUCUAAGACGGUACGCUUUUCUGAAGCAAAGUGUUCAGAACUAUUAGUGUCUUGCACCCAAUAGCUUAAUUGCUAUUGGUUUCAAAAACUGGUCAAGAUGACAAUGGCAAGCUUGUUCUCGUUCACCAGCCCAGCUGUGAAACGCCUUCUGGGCUGGAAACAAGGCGAUGAGGAGGAAAAGUGGGCUGAAAAAGCAGUCGAUGCUCUAGUGAAAAAACUGAAAAAGAAAAAGGGAGCCAUGGAGGAGUUGGAAAAGGCUUUAAGCAGUCCGGGUCAGCCUAGCAAUUGUGUCACUAUUCCCCGCUCCCUGGAUGGGCGUCUUCAAGUAUCGCAUCGCAAGGGCCUUCCGCACGUAAUUUACUGUCGUGUAUGGCGUUGGCCAGAUCUUCAAAGUCAUCAUGAACUGAAACCACUUGAGUGUUGUGAGUUUCCAUUUGGCUCAAAACAGAAGGAGGUCUGCAUUAACCCAUACCACUACAAACGAGUAGAAAGUCCUGUUCUUCCCCCAGUCUUGGUUCCGAGGCACAGUGAGUAUAACCCACAGCAUAGCCUCCUUGCACAGUUUCGCAAUUUAGGAAACGAUCCUCCUAUGCCACAUAAUGCUGCCUUUCCAGAAUCCUUUCAGCAAGCAAAUACCCACCCAUUCCCCAAUUCUCCUAAUAGAAGUUAUCCCAGUUCCCCUGGAAGUAGCACAUAUCCUCAUUCUCCAGCAAGUUCUGGACCAAGCAGCCCUUUUCAAAUCCCAGCUGAUACCCCCCCUCCUGCUUAUAUGCCACCAGAUGAUCAGAUGACACAAGACGGUUCACAGCCUAUGGACACAUCGAAUGUUCUCGUGCCUUCUGUACCACCAAAUAUAACCAACAGACCAGAUGUUCAGCCAGUUGCUUACGAGGAGCCAAAACACUGGUGCUCUAUUGUCUAUUAUGAGCUGAAUAACCGUGUGGGAGAAGCUUUUCAAGCCUCUUCGACUAGCGUAUUAGUGGAUGGCUUUACUGAUCCUUCAAACAACAAGAAUAGAUUCUGCCUUGGGCUUCUGUCCAAUGUGAAUCGUAACUCUACCAUAGAGAACACCAGGAGACAUAUUGGAAAAGGUGUUCACCUUUAUUACGUUGGAGGUGAAGUGUAUGCUGAAUGCCUGAGUGACAGUAGCAUUUUUGUGCAAAGUCGAAACUGCAACUAUCAUCAUGACUUCCAUCCGACUACAGUCUGUAAGAUUCCCAGCGGAUGCAGUUUGAAGAUCUUCAACAAUCAGGAGUUUGCCCAGCUUUUGGCCCAAUCUGUAAACCAUGGCUUUGAGGCUGUCUAUGAACUUACCAAGAUGUGCACCAUUCGCAUGAGCUUUGUAAAGGGUUGGGGAGCUGAGUACCAUCGACAGGAUGUGACAAGCACCCCUUGCUGGAUAGAGAUCCAUCUACACGGUCCUCUGCAAUGGCUAGAUAAAGUCCUCACCCAAAUGGGUUCCCCACAUAAUCCCAUCUCUUCUGUGUCAUAACAGUGUUGUUAUGCUGCUCCUUGAGAAUUGUGAUUUGGAGUUUGUAAUCAUUUGAAGGACACACAAAAUGGGUACAUUCUGGACUGGGAUGGAUAGGCACCUGGAAGAUACUUGACCUUUUGUGACCAAUUAUUGGAGACAGAUUAUCGGUCUAUCUAGCAUCAUACUGCUGUUGUGAAAGUGUUCAGUUUACAUUGUAGUAUUCCAUUUGUACCUAAUCCUGAAAACUAUAUAGGUUGUGAUUUAGAAUACUGAUUUGAAAGAUGACCAAGCAGAGAUACUGCAUAUGGAGAUUUCAUUUGAAUGUUACUAAUCGUGUGUGCUUAUAAAAUAUCUUGUGGUCAAAAUAUAAACGUAAAGUCAUUUUUCCAGUUAGCACAUAAUAGCUCCCCAUUUGGUCUGCAAGAGUUAAAGGUAUAUUGCACAAAAGAUGGCUUACAGCCCUUCCACAGAUUAGGUCACUUAUCGUAGGGUUGCUUGACAUCUCGUGCAAAAUAUAGAAGCUGAUAAAAUGAACCCUGUGUGCAGCGCUGUUUUAACUUGAGUGCUGGCAUCGAUUCCUUAAAUGAAGCAGGAAUGCUGUCAGUUAAAACUCCAUUUUCAGUGGAUCUCUGAAGUGUGUGCGUGCGCACACGUGUGUACAUGUAUAUUCUGAGAUUUAAAAUUGUUACAUUUGUCCUGAUUUCAAAGGGGAGGGAGGGAAACUUUAAAUCUAACAUUAGAAGAAAGUAGGUAAGCGGGCAAUGUGUAUGUCCUCUGGUGUGCAUUUGGUGGAUUCAGUAUUUUAAUUGUUGCAUUAAAGUGUACUUUGUUCAGUCCAUGAAGCUACUGUCCUCUGUUAUCAGUAGCCCAGCAUCAGUACUGAAAUGAUGCAUAACCCAACUACUUUUUUUAAAGAAAAAACUUUUUGGUAAGCAAAGUUUGCAGCAUAUGUAUGCUGUCAGCAGCUCUAGCUCCUUUCAGCACCUUUUCUUCUAUUGUGUCUUUUUGUUGAAAUGGUUUCCAUAAAGCUUCUGAGUAACUGAUUAGUGGUUACCAAAAAUGGACAUGCAUAGGAUGAUGGCUAGAUUCUUGUUCAUUACUUCCAGCUUUACCAUUUUGUUACUUGCUGGAUGCUUGCAAUGCAAUGAAUUUUAGUUUCAUAAGUGGUAAAUUGGCUUGUUUUAUAAUAAUUGUUUGUGAUAGUGCUCAUUUCUUUUCUGCUGUUAUAUACACACUUUUACACAAGAAGACUUUUGCUGUUGUGCUGUGGAAUUCUGCAAAACUUUUAUGCUGAGUAUAGCGAGUCUUCACUAGAAAACAAUAAAUCUGUUUCAUCAUGA